UGUCAAGUCACGUGUUGAUUCCCCGGAUCAUACCAUUGCUAAAGACUCCAUAUUGGUGAACUAAAAUUGUAAGGCCGUAAAUCCGUUGCCAUCCUCAAAAAGAAGAGGAACAAUGGAUAGUUUAUACGGCAUAAACGUUAAAAACAAAUUUGAACUUUUUAUAGACGAGGAUGUUGAUCCUUUAGAAAUACUUGCUCAGCAAGAAUCUGCGAAAAAAGAGCAAGACAAGAAAAAGAAGGAUGACAAGACUAAGAAAAACAAGAAUGCCAAAAAGUCAGUGCUAAAGACAGAGAAUAAGAACAAACCGGUGGAGGAGAUUAAACCUGUAAAGGAAGAGAAAGUUAAUGCUCCUCGUCAACAAUCGGAAAGGCCAAGAACUGGUCGACAGAACCGAGAUAACAGAGAAGACAACAGACCUCCAAGAAGAAGGGAUGAAAAUUUCAACCCUGAAAAUAGAGACCGGUCAGAUAGACCAAGUGGCGGUUUCAGCACGGAGAGGUCUGAAGGUGGUGGAUUUGGUGGACAAAGGGGUGAAGGAGGAUUUAAUCGUGGGCGUGGUAGAGGAGGAAGAAUGGGACGUGGGGCUGGUAGAGGUGACCGUGGUGGUCGAGGCGGAUUUGGUGGAAAACGGGAAUUUGAGCGACAUAGUGGCAGUGACAGAACCAGUGGUGUAAAGGCUACAGAAAAAAGGGAAGGCUCUGGCUCACACAACUGGGGUACUGUAAAGGAUGAUAUUGACCUGCCUCCAAAGGUGGACUACUGGAGGGAUCCCAAGGAGCAGAUGAAAGAUGUAACGGAAGAACCACAGGAAUGGACCCCACAGGCAGAAGACACAGAAAACAAGGACCCCAACGAGAGCACUGAAUCUGCCCCAGCUGAGGAACCCGAGGAUGAAGGACCCAAACAGCUUACUUUAGAGGAAUGGAAAAAAAUGGAAGAUGCCAAACGUAUGAAAUCCCAAUUUAAACUUAGAAAGGCUAAUGAAGGUGUUGACACAUCACAAUGGAAGAGUGCUCGUGUUUAUCGUAAGAGUGAAGGUGACGAGGAGAGCGAAGAGGAAGAAUCCGAGGAAGAGGAAGAAGAUGAGGAUGAAAUGAGACAAAAGAAGCUGGUCAAUGAAAUAAGGAUCACAUUUAAUGAUUCACCAAGGAGAGGUCGUGGUGGACGCCGACCUAGAGGAGCACGCGGUGGAAGAUCUGGAGGUGGCAGAGGUGACCGAAGGUCUGCCAAUGCUGCACCAAAGUUUGAUGAUGAGAAUGACUUCCCAUCAUUGAUAAAAUCUGCCGCAUAAAUAACACAUGCCCUUUAAAGGGCUAAACCUAUAACAGACUUGCGUUUUGAUAUCUCUCGUCUUUGAAUCAUGGUUAAAUUAUGUUCAUUCUUGUAAUUCCCAUUACACAAACACAUACAUUGAAAUGACUUUUCAUCUGCAUUAUUUUAUAGGGAGCGGACACUUUGUGAUUAAUUUUUGUGUGAUAGAGGAGCGUUGGUGUAUAAAAGAUCUCUUGAGUGGUCAGUUUAAUAGAGAAUAAAUGUUAGAAGGAUUCCUUUGUCUUUAUAAAGGUCUCUAUGAGAUUUAAAUAGCUUCAGGCAGCUGGAUGUUUGGUAAACUAUCACAGUGUGAAUAGACAGGAGAAAACUUAGAUUUUUUGUUAAGUGAUAAAUUUGAAAGCAUUGAAUGAUGCUGUUCAUUUAGAAAAAAAAAACAUACUAAAAUUCCUAGGCGGCAUAACUAGUGCUAAUUGUUUUAUGCUGUGCUUGUGUAUAUUUGUUGACAAAUCCUUAUUUAUAAAUACCUCUAGGCUGCUGAAGGAAUAUGCAUGAUUCCAGGGUACUCUGAAUCCUGGGGCAGGGUGGUUCAUUAUUUGUGUAUUAACCAUUGUCAACCAUGUGCGAGAUAUUCAGCGCAAAUAAUUUUGUUAUUUAAUAAAUACAGAUAAAACUUACAAAAAUUUA